UCAUUGGCCAUACCACAUCUUUAACGGUUUAACCCAAAAACUCUGCCACAAUCCCAGUUUCCCACCUCCCCCAAAUCUUGGCGGGAAAUACUUUCCCUAUAAAACACUCAAACCCUUAUCUUCCCUCGUUAUUUUGUUCUCCCUCCCUCCCGGCGACUUUCAAACCCUAACCCUAGUUUUCUUCCAUCUUUCAUCAUUCGCCGGAAUAAUGUUGGAGCUGAGGCUAGUUCAGGGUAGUCUUCUGAAGAAGGUGAUGGAGUCGCUCAAAGAUCUGGUGACCGACGCCAACUUUGACUGCUCCGCCACCGGAUUCUCGCUUCAGGCCAUGGAUUCCAGCCACGUGGCACUGGUGUCUCUCCUUCUCAGAUCUGAAGGGUUUGAACACUACAGGUGUGACCGGAACUUAUCCAUGGGCAUGAAUCUUAAUAAUAUGUCCAAGAUGCUAAAAUGCGCCGGAAAUGAUGAUAUCAUUACUCUUAAGGCUGAUGAUGGGAGUGAUACUGUUACUUUCAUGUUUGAAAGCCCUACCCAAGAUAAGAUUGCUGAUUUUGAGAUGAAGUUAAUGGACAUCGACAGUGAGCACCUUGGAAUUCCUGAAGCCGAGUAUCAUGCCAUUGUUCGGAUGCCUUCAUCUGAAUUUGCUAGGAUCUGUAAAGAUCUUAGUAGUAUCGGCGAUACAGUUGUGAUUUCUGUGACCAAGGAGGGCGUUAAGUUCUCGACAAGAGGUGAUAUCGGAACUGCAAAUGUUGUUUGUAGGCAGAACACUACAGUAGACAAGCCCGAGGAAGCAACAGUUAUAGAGAUGAACGAACCAGUGUCUUUGACAUUUGCAUUAAGAUACAUGAACUCGUUUACAAAGGCGACUCCGUUGUCAAGUACCGUCACAAUCAGUUUGUCGUCAGAGCUUCCUGUAGUGGUGGAGUACAAGAUAGCUGAGAUGGGUUAUAUCAGGUUCUAUUUGGCUCCUAAGAUAGAAGAAGAUGAAGAGGACAACAAAUCUUGAAUCGGGUUAUAAGCUGAGAGUUAUAUGCUUUGUUAGUUGUUUGUUAAAGAUAUUGCUGGCAUGUCUUCAAUUGAAGUACAGUGGGUAAUCUGUACUCACAAGAAUUUGGUCAAACUGUUUUUUUUUUUAUUUCGUUAGGAUUUUUUUUUCUCUUUUUGUACGAGGCGAUUGUUAUUUUUUACUUUCAGAGUUCAGACCAAUGAUUAUUGAUUUGUGUGUUAUGAAUCAUGAACUUUUUUUAAAAAAAAAUGGGUUAUAGCA